AUGGGCUUAGUUUUUGGAUUUUUUGUGCUUUUAUUUGCUGUUUCGGUUCUGCCUUUAACUACACUCCUCGCUAGCUUAUUGCUUGGAGGUUCUCUAGGCGGAGUAACUACAAAUUUCAACUUUUUGACAUUGCCACCAGCAACACCACUGGUUACGAUACCAAGUACAACUCUGGCGCCUGUUAUUUCUGCCGCACCAAUUAUUGCAACAACCACAAAAGCUCCAACGACAACAAUACGUACUACAACACCACCAACAACGACCUUACCAACCACAACACCAUCAACAACAACGUUACCAACAACAACGACGGUACCAACCACAACACCAACAACAACCACGGUACCAACCACAACACCGACAACAACGACUGUACCAACCACAACACCAACAACAACUACGGUACCAACCACAACGCCAACAACUACAACAGUACCAACCACAACACCGACAACAACCACGGUACCAACAACAACACCGACAACAACGACUGUACCAACCACAACGCCGACAACAACAACGGUACCAACCACAACCACGGUACCAACCACAACACCGACAACAACGACUGUACCAACCACAACACCGACGACAACAACGGUACCAACUACAACGCCAACAACAACGACAUACCAACCACAACGACCACCAACAACAACGGUACCAACUACAACGCCAACAACAACGACAGUACCAACCACCACACCGACAACAACGACAGUACCAACCACAACGACAGUACCAACCACCACAACGCUACCAACAACGACGGUACCAACUACAACGCCAACAACAACGACAGUACCAACCACCACACCGACAACAACGACAGUACCAACCACAACGCUACCAACAACGACGGUACCAACUACAACGCCAACAACAACGACAGUACCAACCACAACACCGACGACAACAACGGUACCAACUACAACGCCAACAACAACGACAGUACCAACCACCACACCGACGACAACGACGGUACCAACUACAACGCCACCUACAACGACAGUACCAACCACCACACCGACAACAACGACAGUACCAACCACAACGCCACCUACAACGACUGUAACAACUACAACUCCGCCAACAACAACAGUCGUAGUAACGACACUAUCAACGAGUGGUAUUGUGGAUCAGCUUUUGGAUUUGUUUUAA